AUGGAAAAGUUUGUGUUUCCAUUCUUUGAAAAAUUUCAAAGAGUGAAAAUCAACACAACAAUUGAUAAGAUUGGUCAUGCAAUGAAACCGUUAAAUUAUGAAGAAAUUUUGAACUUGCGAUAUACCAUCAUUGAGGAAGGGAAUUCUAUUCAUAUUCUGUUUGCACACAACGCUCAAACAAGUCAUGUAUUUAGAGCCAUGUUCAACGCUACUCAACUAAUAACAGGAAAUACCAAUCAGUCUGUGAAUUUCGACAAUUUUGUGCACGCUCUUUCAGAACAUGGAUGGGUUAUUGAUCAUGACUUUGUAGAAGAUAAUGGCCAUAUGCGAAUUUGCUUGGCCCAUGGCAUCAAAUCCAAUGACCAAUAA